CUUUAUAAAAGAGCUUUUUUUUCAAUCCGCUUGGAAUCGAUGUUCUUUAAACCGAUGCCGUUAAAUGUUUGAUUUUCUUCUGUAAAACAAUAACUAGUUACUUUUUUUUAAAGGUUCAAAUGAAUGUGAUAACGAAAUAAAUCAGUAUGAAUAAGAUGUCAAGAUAUCCUUCAGACUGUAAAGUCUAUGUGGGAGAUUUAGGAAGCAAUGCAACAAAACAAGAGUUAGAGGAUGCUUUCUCAUACUAUGGACCUUUGAGAAAUGUAUGGGUUGCCAGAAAUCCUCCAGGAUUUGCUUUUGUCGAAUUUGAAGAUGCUAGAGAUGCAGAAGAUGCUAUAAGGGGCUUAGAUGGUCGUACCAUAUGUGGAAGACGUGUUCGUGUGGAACCAUCAAAUGGAAAAAGAUUGAGAGAUAGAGGCUCAUCACGACGUGGUGUGGCAAGACCAUUCCAUCCAGAAGACAAAUGUUAUGAGUGUGGUGAAAGGGGUCAUUAUGCAAGAGAUUGUCCUCGACAUAGAAGUUCUCGUAGAAAACGGUCUUACUCAAGAUCUCGAUCACGGUCACGUUCGCAAUCUCGAUCGCGAUCACGGUCACGUUCACGUUCAAGAUCUCGAAGCAAACGUUCAAGGACACGUUCGUCUUCCCGUAGUCAGUCUAGAACCAAGAGUGGCCACGGUAAGGACAAAUUUCGUAAUAAGAGGAGGUUGGAUUCUAAAGAUCGUAGUCCACGACGAUCAAAAUCUAGAACCGCAUCUAGAUCACGUAGUAGAUAGAUAUGGAGACCCACAUUAAGGUUGUGAAAAUAAAUCUUUCAAGCAACUGUCUAAAAAAGUACGAAAAACAAUAGAUUUUUCAGAGGGAAAGCUAUUUACAAGAAUGGGAGACCUUGCUUCUAAUGCAUCUAAGCUCAGUGAAAAGUGUCGAUGGAUCCGAAUGUAUUCGGAAUGCAAAUGAAAUGAGUUUUUUGCACACUUUGUUCAUUGUAGUAUUUUAAUUAUUUAAAAAUGUUAAUGGUUCAAUAACC